CUUCGUUUUUUAAGGAAAUUUAACAAGGGUUAUUUAUCUAUAUAUCUGUAACUGUAAGAGAUUUUUUAUUUAGGAUUUCCAGAAAAUGUCGUCAUCAAAGAACAAACAGAACUUGGCUGAAGUUGUCUCAGCAAGAAACAGAUUUGAUGCCACAUUACAACUUCUUGUCGACAAAAGAGAUGAGGGGCAAGAGUCCAGUGACGAAGGGGGUGAAAUUGAUAUUUGUCUCAGUGAACCAUCUCCAAUGCAAUCCCCAAGUAAACGUUCAUCCACCACUAGAGGAAGAAAAAGAAAGCGAGCGAAGGAUGAUUCUGAUUAUGAGCCCGGACAAUACCAGCACACAUACAUCAUGAAGCUGUUCGACCGCAGUGUGGACUUAGCUGUCUUUGAUGAGGAUUCUCCUCUCUACCCUAUUUGUCGAGCUUGGCUGAAAAACAACCCUCACAGCAGAGAGCCGCCCCCUCACUCCCCCUCCCCAGAACCUGAAACAGCACCUGCUAGUGAAGAGGAGACUGAAAGAAUUCCAGAUAUUUACAAAAUGCCGCCCCCAAUAAAACAGGAUCCUGAUGACCAUACAGACUACAGGAUUCCCCACCCUGUGCCCCAACCCAAGACCUAUUUCUUUAUAUCGGAUGCAGAUGAUGCUCCUCCAGCAGAAAGUCUCCUUCUGAAACACAUGGAGAGGUGGAAACAAGUCAGACAAAGUUGGAUAGAUCAAGGCAGGAUCAAUGAAAUGAGAUAUGGAGAGAGUAUGCAGCUACUUCGGGACAUAUUUGACUGUCAAAUGAAGGACGCUUAGUCUAGUAUUCUGUGAAAAUGAGAUUCCUUUCAUGUUAACUAAUUGUUAUGAGAAACUUUUCAUACAUGAGAAACUUCUCAUACAUGCAUUUCUUUGAAAAAUCUUACAUGGAUACAAAUAACCAGAGACAUUGUUGUCUCUCAAAUGACAUUUGAGAGUCAUUUGAGAUUAAAAAACAUUCAAAAUUUUACAUGUAGAUACAUGUACAUGUAUGAUGAUUAUUAUUUUUAUAAUUACAAAAUCAGAAUCGUAAACUGUGUUCAGAAUUUUGCCCAAACAGUAAAUCAAAGAAAUGUUUUUUCCCUCCUUCUUUUGUGUUUAUUAUAAUAACAGAGUCGUACAUGUAUACAUCAUGCCAGAAUCACAAAUAAAACCAUUAAAUGUA